AUGUGCUUCGGCACAUUAGAAGAUGCACGUGCAUAUUAUUAUCGAUAUGCGGCUAGGACUGGAUUUGUCGUCAAAAUAAGAACCACCGGCUGGGAGACCAUAAACGAUCAGAGGGUGGUUGUUAAUCAAGCUUUGCAUUGUAACAGAGAUGGAUACCGCACAUCCCAUAUAAAGGCACCCCAGAGAAGGAAAACAGUGGCCUCAACAAACUGCAAAGCCCGUUGCUAUUUGGCAUUAGAUAAAAUGACAGGGCAGUGGAGAAUUUCUCGAGUAGAGGUAUCCCACUCACACCCGCUUAAUCCGAAGCUAUCUGGAAUGUUCUCAGCAAACCGUCAGCUAAGUAUGCAUGUGAAGGACCUGAUACAGCAAAAUGACCAAGCUGGCAUUAGACCGAGUAAGACGUACCAGGCACUAGCCAAUGCAGUCGGUGGCCCUGCCAACCUCACCUUUACAGAGAAGGAUGUUAGAAAUUACAUUAGUCGUCACUUACGCAUUUUCCGGGGAUGA